UGCUUAAGCCAGAUAUAACUCGCUAAAUAUUGACGGACUAGAGUAUAUUAUAACAAAUGUCCAAUGACAACAAAGAAAGUGGCGCGAAUGAUCCUUCGAAUAAGCAUACUGAGGCUAUCAGCGAUGACCGAAUGGCGGGCAGUUUUGAGAAACCUUUAGAUCUUGACGAUGUGUUGGUCAAUGAAUUGGGACAAUUCGGGUGGUUCCAACUGCGUAACGUCAUUCUUGUCUCAAUCCCCAUUAUGAUGUCAGCAUUUAUGAGUGAAUUCAUUUUCUCGUCAGCUGCAAUACCACAUAGAUGUCGAAUUCCAGAAUGUGGAGAGUACGGAAAUUUGCACCAAUAUGAUCCUGAGUGGAUCUUGAACGCUGUGCCGGAGACAAGUUCAGGAUUUUCGAGCUGUCAGAGAUACGUUCCCCGAGGUCUCGGCACUAACGGUACUCUAGAUUAUUGUCCUGCUGAUCUCUUCAACAACUUGGAAACUGUUGAGUGUGAUGGUUACGUGUAUGCGAGGGACAACACGAUUGUUUAUGAUUUUGAUCUCGGAUGUCAGGACUGGCUCCGUGCGUUACCUGGUACUCUUAACAGCGUAGGAACAUUACUAGUGCUACCGAUCACUGGUUACAUUUCCGAUCGUUUCGGUCGCAAGCGGGCUCUGAUAAUUAGCGUCUUUAACUUGGGUCUUAUCGGUCUCAUCCGCGCCUUUUCCGUCAAUUACAUCAUGUACGUAGUUCUACAAAUCUUACAAACUACACUCGGAGCGGGGACAUUUAGUUCUGCCUAUAUUUUCGCUGCUGAACUUGUCGGACCGAAGUAUCGUGUAAUAACAAGUUCUGCAGCUGCAUCUAUGUUCGCCGUCGGACAAGUAGUACUCGGCUCGGUGGCUUGGCUCAUUCAUCCCUGGCGGUACAUGAUCAUGGCUCUUCACAUCCCUUGCUUUCUUGUUAUAAGCUACUACUGGAUUUUGUCUGAAAGUGUCAGGUGGCUCCUAGCAAAGAAGAAGUUCACCGAAGCCAGGGAAGUAUUGGAGACUGUAGCAAAAGUGAACAAUAAACAUAUUAGUCAAAAAAGUUUAGAAGCUUUAAUGAAUACGUCAGACACAUCCGUCCAAGCUUCAGACGCUAAUAAACCAGGAUUGGUUCGGAGUAUAGUACGGUCGCCAACUCUACUUAGACGAGUCUGCACUAUUCCAAUCUGGUGGAUUACCUCUACCUUUGUCUACUACGGACUGUCCAUCAACUCGACUGGUCUCUCUGAUACAAUUCACUUGAAUUACAUUUUGACUUGUGCUGUUGAAAUUCCAGGCAAUUUCGCGUCAGUUUUUAUAGUAAAUAUAAUUGGUAGAAAGGCCACGCUUUCCUGUGGUUUCUUUUUUAGUGCCUUGUGCAAUAUAGUUUUUAUCUUCAUCUCAAACGAUCUAUACGUAGUGCGAUUGAUAAUUUUCAUGCUGGGCAAGUUUGGAAUUUCGGUAGUGAUGACGUCAUUAUACCUGUACACUUCAGAACUGUAUCCGACGGAGUUUCGCCACAGCUUACUCGCUUUCUCAUCUAUGAUUGGUAGAAUUGGAUCCAUUACGGCGCCACUUACUCCAGUACUUAUGAAUUACUGGCACGGUAUCCCCUCGAUACUUUUUGGCGGUAUGGGUAUAAUCGCUGGUCUGCUAGUGCUCACACAGCCCGAAACUACGGGUACUAAAAUGCCAGAUACCCUAGCGGAAGCCGAGGCACUGGGAAGGAAUGACUCCAAACUUGAACAGUCGAGAUGAUUGUUACGUUCUACGGAUCUAUGUUUUUAUCUUAAGAAAUAUUUCAUGCGCGUUAUGUUUGAUUCAAAUUGUUAAAUACUUAUCUGUUUUUAAUUUCAAUCUAAUUAUUAAUCUUGUGGUAGUUACACGGAGUUUCAAAUUUCAAACAAAUUAUCCUAAUAUAAAAACACAAUUUUAUUUCAUCCCAAGGACACGGCCACGAAUGCGAUGCCGUAUCUCUUUAUUGCAGGUUAUUCUGUAGCCUACCUAAGAGGACUGUACCCACUAGUUUAUCGAGUAUGUCGUGAUUAUUGUUUACUAUAAUUGUGCUACAGUAUCUCUUAUUAAAACAAUGUGUUUUCUAUU